AUUUUGACAGCAGCAAGGAAAGCGAGCAGUCCAUAUGUUUAUGUUUUAUAAAUAUAGAAAUUAAAACGAAAUAUUCUCCUGUAAAUAAAAUGAAAAGUGAAAGUGAAAUCAAAGACACCGAUCUGAACUUUUACGGCAGUGACCCAGGCGCUGUGAAGUUUGGAAACUUUAUCAAUUAUUAUUCUUUUCACGAUGUUGGCGAAAGGAUAAACAAUCUACGUCCACAAAUGUUUCCAGCACCAGUAGACAAGCAGCUGGUGUGCCUAGACAUCGGGUGCAACACAGGGGAGUUGUCCAAGGCUCUUUAUAUGUACCUACAGACUGUUUACCCAGACUGUGAUAUCCAAAUACUGGCAAUAGACAUCGACUCCACGUUGAUAGAAAGAGCUACUGUAUCAAAUGAAUUCCCUAACAUUAAGUUUAUAACUUGCAAUAUCAUGGAUCAAAAUGACAGACUGUGUAUACAAAAAUAUUUAGACUCACACCAACACACAGCUUUUGAUGUUACAUUUUGUUUUUCUGUGACUAUGUGGAUUCAUUUAAAUAAUGGUGAUGAAGGGUUGUUAGAAUUUCUAAAACUUAUAAAAUCAUUUUCUAAGACGAUUAUAAUAGAACCUCAACCAUGGAAAUGUUAUAGAAAUGCUCAAAGGCGGGUUAAAAAAUCAGGUCACUCCUUUGAACUAUACAGCUGUUUAAAAAUAAAAAGCGAUGUAGACUCCAUUAUUGAGAAAACUAUGUCAGAAGACACUCAUGUUAAAACCUAUGAAUCUGAAAAUUCUUCCUGGAAUAGAAGAGUACUAAGUUUUAGUUCUAUGAAACUAUCAGCUUAACUCAUAAUAGUUUUGAUGACUUAUAAAUGAAUUAAACAUGCAUUUUGAAAAUGUAGUAAGUAAAACUUGGUACACUUUGACAGUGGUUCUAAUCAACUGUUUUUUUUUUAAACUAUGUGGAAAAAGCGGUGUUUUAUCUGAAUAAAAUAGGCAACGUAAAAUGAAAAUGUAACACUAAAUACAGUUUUACAUUUUAUUGAUAAGUGAAAAAAUUAAAACAGUGUUUAAGUAUGUACUUUCUUAUCAUUUUAAUAAUUAUAACAAGUCCAUCUUGUAACACUUGACACUCUUGGUAAAAAACAAUAGAUUCCUAUGCCAAAAUUAUCUUACACAAUGUACAAAACAUUUGCUCAAAUUCUUAGAAGACAUAUGCCUCACUGCAUAAUGUAUUAUGAAAUAGAUAACAUCAUUACAUGUAUAAGUUUCGGUCCGGUUCCCAUUAUCCGGUUAAACUGGAAGCCAACCCCAACAUAGUUGGGAAAAGGCUCUAGAGAUGAUUGAUGACAUUACAUGUAUAAGUUUUAA